AUGUUAUCCGAAAAGAACGAAAAAAAUCAAUUACGGACUAAAAUUAUUAAAUAUUCUGACAGACUCUUAACUGAACACGGGAAUGAAAUAUGUCCAGAAUUUUUUAAGAACCACUUUAAAUCUUUCCAGCAUGCCGAUGAUCCAAAUUGGAUCGGGUAUGGUGAUAUAUCCAUGUCUCCUUAUGAUACUGCUUGGGUCGCAAUGAUUCCUAGUAAAAUUUAUAAAGAAUCAAAGAUUUCAAAGGAUUUCAGUUUAGCAUUCCCUCAAUGUUUCUUAUGGCUUUUAAAUAACCAAGAUAUGCAUGGUAGUUGGGCUGGUAAUGGUGCUGGUGGCAUAGUACCAGGACUUGCGGGUCUUCUUGCUCUAGGUCUUUUCCGAUUCCAUUCCGGUGAAUUCUUUGAAAUUAAAUUGAAUGAUUUGGGAAUAACCAUUGUGCAAUAUAUUGCAAUUUUUGAGAAAGCCAAAAAGUUUUUACAAAAAGCACUAUAUGAAUGGAAUCUCGACAACUUUGACACGAUAUGCUUCGAAUUAAUAAUUCCUUACCAUCUCACAGCUCUUGCACAGCUUAAAGAACCGAUUGUGUUUGAUUUCCCUGAAAGUGAACGAAUUUUACAAGAAGUUUUUUGUGAUAAAAUAGACCUUUCACGAAUUCAAAAUAAAGACUUUCAAGCAAUUAAUGGCAGCUAUGGAUCUUCACCAGCCGCUACUGCUUCAGUGCUUUUACAUGCCCAGAAAUGGGACGAUAAAGCAUUCAAAUUUUUGGAAAAGAUAAUUUCGAAAUGUCCAUCUUAUGCAAAAGGUCAUGGCCUCGUUCCUACUAUAUGCGAUGUAGGAUUAUUUGAAACUAUUUGGAUGAUGCAUUCUAUUGGAGAAUUAUGUCUAAAUAUUCGUGCAAGCAAGAAAAUUAACCUCAAGCGCAAGCAUAUAUUAAUAAAAAAAUUUUUCUCCAAAAAUCUUGCACUUAUUAAAUACUUAUCUGCAUUAAACAAAGAACAUGGUGGAACUAUUCGAUGGACUAGUUGGGACAAUAAAAUACCGAAAGAUGCUGACGAUUCAACUGUGUGUAAUUGGCUUAUUAAGAAGUUUGACUCUGAUGGUGUGGUUGAUCUUGACAUUAUCACAAAGGCUUUUUAUAAUGGAAAAUAUUUCAUCACUUAUCCCAAUGAACGAACAUUCUCAAUUAGUUGUAAUGUGCACGCCAUCAAUCUUUAUGUCUCAGAGUAUCAAAAUUUGCAAUCAAAUAAUCAAAUGGUGAACAUCUCCACUUCUAAUACUAGUGUUACAAAGUUGGAAGAGAUAAUUGUGACUGCAACAAGUUUUCUAAUUUCACAACGAGAAAAAGAGGGUAUUUGGUUUGAUAAAUGGAAUAAAAGCCCAGCUUAUGUAACUUUCAAAGCAAACAAUUUGCUAUUAUCCUUACAAGAACACCCGAAUCUAUGCGCCAAGUUAGGAUUCACAACAAAUAAAGUGCUUUUUGAUUUUUGUAGAGAAACUGUUGAUUGGGCAUUAAGCACACAGCAUGCUGAUGGAAGUUGGGGUGAGCCGUCGAAUACAGGACCUGGCAACCUUGAAGAAACAAGUUAUAUUGUAAGGCUCCUGAAGACUGCUUCUAAGAAUUGGCCAGAUGAUGAAGUGAUUAAAUCAGCGUUAUAUAAUGGUAGGAAAUACCUUAUUAAACAUCUUGAUGAAUCAAUAAUGGAUCAAGGAUAUUUUCAUACAAAGCAACCUUUUUUGUGGAUUGGCAAACAAUAUUAUACUGUUCCGAGAGUUAUUAAAUCAUCUAUUCUUGUAUCUCUUUGGGUUGAUUAA